UGUAAUAAUCAAGAAACCAAAACAUUCGUAUAAAAAUGGAGUAAAGAGAUACGUGUGAUGCUCGAACCAUGUUAAAUACAUAGGAUUCGGUGGAAAAAUUACACAAACUGUUGAUAAAUCAUGGCUACCAUGGAGAGACUGAUAAAAGCGUUCGACGCCUUAAAGGUUAUUCAGUCGCCUAGUUCCAGCGACGAUUCCUCAAAAAGAAAAGAUAUUCCACCAACUAAGAAAGAGAAAAUAGCUCAUUGCAACACUAUUGUUGACACUAUAUGUUCUCCAAAUAUAAGAUCAGUAUCAGAUUUUCCAAAGUUUCUUGGUGUAGCUGUAGAAACUUUUCUUCUCUUCUGUGAUGAUAAUGAUUCUGAUGUGCGAUUGAUGGCUGGAGAAUGUCUUAAUAGAACUAUAAAGCAUCUAGGAAGAUUGCAAGUAGAACUUUACAAAGAAAUCAAAAAAGAUGGUCCUUCCCGAAGUCUUAGGGCUGCACUCAGUAGAUUUGCUGAUUUGUGCCAUCUCAUUCGUCCACAAAAAUGCAGGCCGUAUACGAUGAAUUUACUUCCAUGUUUAAUAAAGAUCUCCCAACGUAUAGAGGAAGAAGCUGUGCAAGAGACCUUAGCUGUGGCAAUAGGAAAGAUUAUGCCAGUUUUAGGGAAGUUUACAAAUGAUUUAGAGAUUAAGCUAUUGUUAAAAGCUUUUCUUCCCAAUUUGGUUUCUGAAUCUGCUGCAAUAAGAAGAACAGCAGCAUCCAUUUUAAUUCAUAUAUGCCAACAUUCACGUAAACCAACUACAUUUUUUGUAUGGUUAUUGUCUUCAUUACUAGAAUAUGUAAUUCCUGUUCAAGAAGAGAAACCUGUACAUAUUAUUCUUGGUGUACUUCUGUGCCUACGUCAUCUAAUACCUCAUUUAAGUGAUCAAGAAAGACAAAUUGUCUUGAAAGGAAGUAUUGGUGUGAGACAAAAAGAGGAAAAUAUUGGAAUAAGUGUUGAUCAGCUUCUUCAAGUUUAUGAAUUAUUAUUAUUUUAUACACAUCAUAAUGAUCACAAUGUGAUUACAGCAACAUUAGAAGCACUCCAUCAACUUUUACAUUCACCACCAAAACAAUUAAUUCCUUUAUUGCUAGACCCUGUAGGAAUAUCAAAGUCGCAAAUUUAUACCAUUGAUCCUGACUUAAAAUCACGGUGUGCAAGUCAAGGAGGUAUGAUUCCAGAAAGUACAGUUGAGGAUGAAGCUGCAUUAGAAGAUGAAACUGAAUUAACAAAUUUACAAAUAGAAAAAGGAACAUGCAAUUUAGAGGAUCAAGUAUUUGCUGAUAAUCCUUCACAAAAUUACAUAAAUGAAGAAAGUUGCCUUUCACCUGAAGAUGAAGCAGAAGAUGGAUCAGAAUAUUCUAAUGUAACUGUUGGAAGUUACAGUGAAGGAUCUUCACCAGUAACUUUACAUAAACAGAGCAUUAGUGUCAAAAGCACGUUUAAACUGAGAAAAGGUUUAAGUGAUGAGAAAUUAUUAGAUGAAGAUUUUGAAAAAAAUGGUCAAUGGGAAUUUACCUCACUAUCUUCAUCUCCUGGAACAAAGGAAGAUUUUAAAGUAGAAAAUAUAGGAAACUUUACAGAUAAUGAAGUUCCAUUAAAAUAUUGCAGCAGAUUAUUAUGUUCCACAUUUUUAUUAACUGGAUCACCUGAUGGAUUAAUUCCAGAUCAGAAAGUUAGAGUCAGUAUUAAAGCAUUAGCACUAAGUUGUAUGAGUAGCAUUUUAGCACUCUAUCCAGAAUCAUUUUUUCUUCCACUUCAUACUUUUGAAGAUAUUCCUAGUAUGACAGAUUGCCAGAAAAUAUGGGAAAUAUUAAAAUAUAGUAGUCAUUCUGACCCUCAUCUAAAAGGACACACUGCUUUACUUCUUGGAAUUUUUCAACUUAUAUCUUAUCUAAUUUUAGCAGAUUGCCAGAAAAUAUGGGAAAUAUUAAAAUAUAGUAGUCAUUCUGACCCUCAUCUAAAAGGACACACUGCUUUACUUCUUGGAAUUUUUAUAAAAUUUUCUCUGAAAAAAGUUGGUGGCUCUUGGGACAAAUGGAUAAAUGAAUUUAAUGAUUUAACAGCAAUUCCAAGUUUAGAAGAAUUAAUAGAGAAAUUACUAGAUGUUAUUGAAGACAAGUCUGCUGUUGCCAGCAAAUUGGGGCUCACAGCUGUCAAACAUUGCCUACCCAUAAUUCUUGAAUCAGUUUAUGGAUAUUUAGGACUUAAAAUUCUCGAUUCUUUAUUAUUAUUAAAAAAUAAUCCUUAUUGGCUUGUUAAGGUGGAGAUGGUAAACAUAAUUUCAGUUAUUCCCUUCAAAGUAGUCCAUUUUUUAGAAUCAAGAAAAGAAAACAAUAAUAAUGAUGGAUUAACAAGAAGAAUUGAUUAUCAAGAUAGAUUUUUAAGAUACAUUUUUUUGCCUCUCCUAGAAGAUGAAGAUUUCAGAAUCAGACAGGCAGUUGCACAUGCAUUUGUUAAGAUGAUCCCAAAUAUGUUUUUUGAAAUUGAUCAUGAUUAUCAAGACCCAAUUAUUGCAUUAACUAAAGAGAAGACUAUGAAGUAUCUUAAUUCUGUAUUCCAAACUGCAUUUAAUCCUGGUAUAUUACCAUUAGUACAUGCUUUAGUUAUGCCAUUUGAUCAAGAAAAAUCUGUCUCUUACUCUGUUAGCACAGAGUCUGCCUUGUCAAGGAUUAUUAAUUUACUUUGUUGCACUCUUCUUACUUCUGUAGAUAAAUAUCUUACAUUUGGUUGCUGUCAGACUUUAUAUUACUUAACAGAAGAAUAUAUUAUGACAACAUAUAUAGAAGCAUGGAAUAUUACAUUUGGUGAAGAUGCCUGCAUAGCAAAUCAUUUUUCUCAAGUAUCAAAACAACAAACUCCUAACUCUCCAGCAGAAAAAUUGAAGUGCCAUCUUGAAUCAAAUAUAUUAAGUCAUAUAUUAUCACUUGUCACAGAUACUCAUUUAGCAUUGGAUCUUGUGGCUCAUAAAUACAUAUUAAGAUUAUUGGGAAAUCUAAUGUCAGGAGCUUGUUAUCAAAGUCUCUUACAGAAGGGAAAUUCUUCUAAGAAUUCAGAUGAAAUGUAUAAUGAAAAAUGGACUUUAUUAAAAGAUCGUCAUUUAAUUCCAACUUUUGAACAAUUGUUUUCUCAUUUAUUAAGGAAAAACAAACAACAUAUAUGUAAAAAGUUUGGACUUAAUGCAAACAUAAUGGUAUGGUACAUAGUGUUGGAAAAACACUCCAGUAUACAUGGUGCAGUGCAGAAAACAGACUAUAAAAUUUGGGAACCAUGUGACCUUGAUUACGAUAAAUCAGACACCGAAAAAGAAAAAUCUAGUAGCAAGAUGUUAUCAAACAUUGGACUAUUUUUUAGUCAUCCACUGUAUAUGAAAAUAUAUGAUAUGUUAAAAGGAGCAUAUUCUAGUUAUAAGAUAUCAUUAGAUCUUCAAAGUGGAGAAAAAUUCACAGGCUUAUUGCAAGCAUGUUUAGAUACAUUGUCACAAUUAUUAGAAGUUGCUAAUUCAAAAGAAAUGGGAAAAUGUGCAGAGGAAAUUCUAAGUUACCUAAAGUCUGUCUUAUCUAUUGAAGCUUGUGCUACUGUUCAGUGUAUCAGACAGUUGCUGAAAUCUCUCUUUGGAACAAACUUAGCUAGCUUAUGGGAAGAACCACAACAGUUAUCAUCAUCAUCAAAGAAACCUGGUUAUGCAACUAGAUUAACAUCGACAAUUGCUCCUGGUUUAUAUCAUAACUGCGUCACAUACCCUUACACUCAGUUUACUCAUUCUAUUGCAAACAGCUCUACUCGGCCAACAAGUGCUGAAGGAGAAGAAAUAGGAAGUUGGUUAAGUUGGAUGAGAAGAAGAAGUGAAAAAAAAUUAAAUAUUCUUUUGAGAUCUGGAAAUAAAGGUGACAAGGCAUCUUUAGCUGCACACAUAAGAUUAUUUGAAACUGUUGUCAUUAAGGCAUUAAAACAAUAUACUGUGACAAGUAAUAUCAACUUACAGUGUCAGGUACUUGAUCUACUAGCACAGUUAGUGCAGCUUCGUGUUAAUUAUUGUCUGUUGGAUUCAGAUCAAAUUUUUAUAGGAUUUGUUAUCAAGCAAUUUGAAUAUGUUGAGGAAGGCCAAAUACCGUGUGCUGAACUGCUUAUUCCAAAAAUAUUUUACUUCUUGGUUCUGUUAUCAUAUGAACGUUAUCAUUCUAAAGUCAUUAUUGGAGUUCCUAAAAUUAUUCAGCUGUGUGAUGGAUUAAUGGCAAGUGGACAACCACCCGAUAAGUAUGCAAUUCCUGCACUGCAACCUAUUGUAGAAGACCUCUUUUUGUUGAGAGGAUCAAAUAAGCUAGAUUCAGGAAAGGAAUUGGAUACACAAAAAGAAGUUGUGGUUUCCAUGCUGCUUCGUCUUGUUCAUUAUCCACAGGUUCUGGAUUUGUUUCUUGCAAUUUUACAUCAAAGUUAUAAAGAAGGCGAAGAUCGUUGGAAAAAACUAUCCAGACAAAUAGUCGAUAUCAUAUUACCACUUCUAUCUAAACAACAGCUUCAUCUAGAUGAACAACUUCAUUUAGAUACUUUACACCGUUUAUUUGAAGCUGUUGCUCCCAGUGUCUUUAGACCAACAGAUAUCCUACUUAAAGCAUUAUUUACCACUCCACAAAAAUUGACUGAUGCACCCAAUUUAAAUCGUUGGAUGUGCCUAAUAUUGGUUGUAUUAAGAGUUUUGAUAUCUCAAGGAAAAGAAGAAGUGGUUUUAUCUAGAUUGGGUGAUUUAGGAUUUGUAAUAGCUGUUCCAAAAUAUGGAACUGAUUUACCUGUUCAGUUUAAUCAUCCAUUAUGUGCAGAAGAUAUUAUGAUUAAUUUUUCUCCCAGUGAAAAUCCUUCUAGUCCUGAAGAAACGUUUGCAAGAUUUUUGUUUCAAGUGGCAGGAAUUUUAGUUAAAGCAAUUCAUGAACAAACAUAUACAAUUACAUCUGAAACCAAUGAUUUAAAUUUUCUUUGCCAACAGAUGGCUGAAUUGCUUCUGUAUUUUAUGCAUAUGUUUCAAUCAGGAAUGUUUCGUCAUGUAGCUAAUUCUGCUAUGACACUGAUAAAGCAAGAGACAAAAGGGAUUGAAGACAAAAAUGUUCAUUUAUAUUCUAUUAAAGAAAUAAGUCAGUUAUUUUUAGACUUAGCACCAGUUCAUCCUACUGUGGUUUUACAAUGGUGUAAUGUACUUACUUUAUUGAACUGUGAUAAUCAAAAUUUCUGGACACAGAUUUUAAGGCCUGUAUUUAAUAAAACUGUUAACUCUGCAAAUACUUUGCAUCCAAACACCACAAAUGAUACAUUAACAAUGACUUCUUGCAACCUUGAAAUGGUUAGAAAAGGUGGAAUUAUAUUACUUUGUGAUUAUGUGUGUGAAAAUUUGAAUGAUGCAGAACAAAUGACAUGGUUGAUUGUUAAUUAUGUCAAUGACUUAAUUCAAUUAUCAACAGAAACACCUGUUCAAGAUUUUAUAAGUGCCAUUCAUAGAAAUCCUGCAGCUAGUGGUCUUUUCAUCCAAGCCAUUCAUGCUCGAUGUGAAAAUCUGACAAAGCCUAAUUUUGUAAAGAAAACAUUAAGAUGCCUUGAAGCCAUUCAUCCAUCUCAGUCUGGCAGUCUUUUGAAUUUACUUAUUAAUAAAUUUUUACCUACCUAUCAUCUUGCCACUGCUCGUUAUUGUGAUAGUCUAGCUUGUUGUAGACUUGAAUUAUUAUUGGCAGAAACGACAGAAACAAUUUCUUCACAGCUUUCAGUUGAAGAUAUUGAAAAAUUGCUAAGUAUAAUACAGUCAUCUCAAAUUUAUCUUCAGUACUUUUGGAAUGAAAAUAUUGAUUUUGUAAAGAAAACAUUAAGAUGCCUUGAAGCCAUUCAUCCAUCUCAGUCUGGCAGUCUUUUGAAUUUACUUAUUAAUAAAUUUUUACCUACCUAUCAUCUUGCCACUGCUCGUUAUUGUGAUAGUCUAGCUUGUUGUAGACUUGAAUUAUUAUUGGCAGAAACGACAGAAACAAUUUCUUCACAGCUUUCAGUUGAAGAUAUUGAAAAAUUGCUAAGUAUAAUACAGUCAUCUCAAAUUUAUAAUAGACAUCGUCGAUUAGUAUCAUUAUUGGAAAGAAUAAAAAUUUUACUGAAACCUGAAUCUGUUCCAGCAGAAACACCUCUGGCAAUACAGACCACUAAAUUAAAAGAUGUUGUUGUAAAUAAGGAAUGGUAUUUGAAUUGGGUAAGAGAACAAUGUUUUUCUAUUAGUCCAUCACUUCAAGAAUGUGCUCAACUUCUAUCUAAACUUAGUUAUGAGGAUGCAUUGUCUGUCAUGACAGCAAAGGAAUUUCAUAUUCCAGUGUUGGAGUAUUGCUUAGAAUUAGGAAUUCAAAUAACUGUUGCUUCUCAUGCUAAGGGAUCACCAGUUAUUAAUUCAAGAACAGUUAUAACUGAAAGCACAGAAUGUCCUAUGUAUAUUGCUGCCAAAACUACUUUGUUACAACACAUUACGCAUUUAACAGGACUCCUUCCACAACCUCAUCAAGCAUUUUUAUUUCAUUAUAAUGGAAACAAGCAAAAAUUAACUAAACAUCAUAGCCAGUUAAUUGGCAUAUUCAGUGACAAUGCAUUUUUGGAUAUUCUCUUCCAACUAAUUCCAGUUGUAACAUAUUAUUUAGAGACUCUCUCUCAGUUGCCAGAACAUCAAGAAGUUCCUGUCGAUUCUUUAGAAGAUAUUGCUAGAUUUAGUAUUUUAAGCACAGAAGAAUUUCAUAUUCCAGUGUUGGAGUAUUGCUUAGAAUUAGGAAUUCAAAUAACUGUUGCUUCUCAUGCUAAGGGAUCACCAGUUAUUAAUUCAAGAACAGUUAUAACUGAAAGCACAGAAUGUCCUAUGUAUAUUGCUGCCAAAACUACAUUGUUACAACACAUUACGCAUUUAACAGGACUCCUUCCACAACCUCAUCAAGCAUUUUUAUUUCAUUAUAAUGGAAACAAGCAAAAAUUAACUAAACAUCAUAGCCAGUUAAUUGGCAUAUUCAGUGACAAUGCAUUUUUGGAUAUUCUCUUCCAACUAAUUCCAGUUGUAACAUAUUAUUUAGAGACUCUCUCUCAGUUGCCAGAACAUCAAGAAGUUCCUGUCGAUUCUUUAGAAGAUAUUGCUAGAUUUAGUAUUUUAAGCACAGAAGCAAUUAGUUGGAUGCUAGAAUCAAAUCAAAGGAUAUCCCCUGAAUAUCAGUAUUUAUCAAUGAAAAUAAUGGAAGCAGCUUUAAAAGAUACUAAUGUAUCAUUUGUGAUUGGUCUUUCUAGUCAUAUUACUUGGAUAUCUUCUGCAGUUUCUUCAGUUUAUCAUCUUGUGAAACAUUAUUUGUUAGAUUUACCUGUGACUAUUUGGUGGCUCCACACAUUCAGUAUUCAACAAACAUUUGGUCAAUACAGAGCAAUUAGUUGGAUGCUAGAAUCAAAUCAAAGGAUAUCCCCUGAAUAUCAGUAUUUAUCAAUGAAAAUAAUGGAAGCAGCUUUAAAAGAUACUAAUGUAUCAUUUGUGAUUGGUCUUUCUAGUCAUAUUACUUGGAUAUCUUCUGCAGUUUCUUCAGUUUAUCAUCUUGUGAAACAUUAUUUGUUAGAUUUACCUGUGACUAUUUGGUGGCUCCACACAUUCAGUAUUCAACAAACAUUUGGUCAAUACAGAGCAAUUAGUUGGAUGCUAGAAUCAAAUCAAAGGAUAUCCCCUGAAUAUCAGUAUUUAUCAAUGAAAAUAAUGGAAGCAGCUUUAAAAGAUACUAAUGUAUCAUUUGUGAUUGGUCUUUCUAGUCAUAUUACUUGGAUAUCUUCUGCAGUUUCUUCAGUUUAUCAUCUUGUGAAACAUUUACAAAGAAAAGAAGAUCUUCCUUCUGUGCCAUUCCAAAAAUUUUCUCAGAGUGAUAACAAUGAUGAUAUAGUAGCUCAACAAGCUUGCAUCCAAAUGUCUGAAUUAGUUAAAUGGUUAGAAGAUAACAAUGGCAACAUUAAAGGUGUUUCAGAGUUUAUAGCUGAACCUCUAAAAAGUGUUAUAAUUGGUCUAGCAAGGUUGCCUUUGGUGAAUAGUUUCACUCGAACUCCUCCCAUUUUAUGGCAGUUAGGUUGGACUCCAGAAUUAGAUGGUGACUAUAAAACAAUAGUUCCACCUCCUCCUGGAGAAUAUUUGCAAGAGAGAGAUGUUCUAAAACAGUAUAUCUACCGUGUGAAUCUUCUAGGAUGGACUUCCAGACAGCAGUUUGAAGAGACUUGGAUGGCAUUAUUAGGUGUUUUGAGUGCUACACCUCUCAGUACUAUAGAAGCUAGAGAAGAGGAUAUGGAAAGAGUGAGAACAAGUUGCUUAGCUGUAAAAAGUAUUACAUCACUUUUGUUAAGAACUCUACUACUUCCACAACCAGGAAAUCCACAGAACAGUACAUUUUUGAUGCAACCCAGAGAUAAACCUUUAGCAUUUCUUCACACAAGAUGUGGAAAGAAGUUAACAGCUGUAAGAAAUUCAAUCCAUAAGAAACUACAGGAAAUGCUUAAAUUGAGAAAUGGAGAACCAAAUCUUUCUGCAAAUAUUGAAAGAAUAGCAAGUCCUUCAUCUUAUUUUUUUUCUCAGGUUUCUGUAGAAUAUUUGUGUGUUGCAAUUGGAAUUAUUGAUGAUUGGGAAGAACCAGAAAGCUCUGUAUCUUCAAGUUCCAGUCAUUUCUCUGGUUUUGUUAAUGGUGCUCUCACAUAUCACCAAAGGGAACAGUGUCUGUCAGCAGUUGGAUUAGACAUUCACUCUUGUCUUCAUUUUUUAUUAGAUUUAUAUAGUCAAUGGUUAUCUCCAGAAGCUUGCCCUUGCACCCCUUUAACAUUACUCACUGAAGUGACCAGAUCUGUUGUGAUAUUAUCAGACAUUUUUAUGGAACGAGCUCAAUAUGAAUGGAUGCUGGAUACUUUAUUAGAAGUUCAAAGAGUUCAUCCAGCAGAAGAUGAAAUUAUUACUCAAUACUUAAUUUUUGGGAUAUGUAAAGCUGCUGCAGUGUUGAGUAUGGAACAAGAUAUGCUAGAGAAAUUAAAGAAAUUAAUUGAACUCAGUUUGAAAAGUACAUUUCUACCAACACGUCUUGCUACACUUUAUGGUUUACUUCACUUGCUAGAGCAAGGAAGUGGGGAAGAAAAUUCUCCACUUCUCUCAACUGCAUCUGAAUAUAUUCUAAAACAUCUUGGCAAUACAUCACUACCAAGUAGUCAAAAUGAAGAUCAUAUUCUAGUCAUGUGGGCUGUUGCAGUUUAUAUUAUUGAAAAUUACCAAGAGGAUGUUGGAGAUAAUGAAUUUGGCCAAAAAGUAUUUCAGAUUGGUAUCAAUAUUUGUAACAGUUCAGAAGAUGUAACAUCUAAUAGCAUGUAUUUGGCAGUUCUUCUUGGUUUAGAGAGAUUACUGUUGACAGAAGCUGUAGGAAUAAAAGAAAUAGAAAUAAUAAUGAAACUUUCUGUUGAUAGGUUAAAAUAUGGUUCACCUUUGAGGGCUUUAGCAGGUUUAGGUUUACUUCUUUCUUGUAUGUAUGUAGGUAAAGGAACUGAUUUGUGGCCUUCUGAAUUGCCUCCUAGUGUAAAUAAUUCAGCAACAGUAGAUGACUGUGGUAAUGUAGCCACACAGACUGAUCCAGAGCAACUUAUUGCUGCCAUGGAGAGGGUUACAACAUUAUUUGAUAGAAUCAAACGAGGAUUUCCUUUUGAAGUGGAAGCAAUUUGCAAUGUUUUGCCAUUAUUUUUGAUGGAGUUCUUUCCAGCACAAGAUGUUAUGAAUAAAGUAAUUGGGGAAUUUUUAUCUAGUCAACAACCACAUCCUCAAUUAUUAGCCAGUGUUGUCUUUCAGGUUUUUCAGCAUCUCCAUCAACAAUCUCAAGAGGAUAUCAUUUAUGAUUGGGUUAUGUUGUCAUUAUCAAAUUUUACUCAGAGAUCUCCAAUUGCCAUGGCAGUUUGGAGUCUGACAUGUUUUUUUGUAAGUGCAAGCACAUUACCUUGGUUACAAGCACUAUUUCCCCAUCUGCAAAAUAGAAUGGGAAAAAUGGAAAAACAAGACAGGAAAUUGUUUUGUAUAGCAGGAAUUCAGUUUAAAAAUCAAUUAAAGGAUGAUGAGCACAGAAAAAGUUUUUAUUCUACAAUAAAGGUGGUUGCUCAUCCAGACUCUCCCUAUGCAGAUCUCCUUAGUCACCUUUAAUGUUUUUCCAUGAUUUUGAAUUGUUUAUUUCAGUGUUCUUAUGUGCAUUGCAUUCCAUUAUAAUUAAUAUUAGUUUUUCAUUUUUUAAACAGUGAAUUAUGGUUUACAUUCCGAUUAUUUGAAAUAAAUCAAUAAGUUCAUUAACUAUCAUAUGCUUAGAUCAGUGGUCCAUACAACAGACAAAAAUCAUUAAACUGUUGUAUCCAUUUAUCUGUUCUUUAAUCUAGAUUUGUUGAUUUAAAAAUUGAGUCACAACAUUUGAUUAUAACUGUAAAUACAUUGUAAGAAUGUAAUUCCAAGAAAAAAAAUAUAUAUGUAUAUGAUAAUUAACUUUAAAAUAAAAUCUGUA